AUGUCGGUUUCAGACAUUAUUGACUGGCUAAGCCUGAGCAAGACUUCGCCGCAAGUCAAGGUCACUACCCUCCCGAUCAGCUUCUACAAAUUCCCUCCGUCACCAGAGCCUACGACCGUACCUCCUCCAGCAAACGACCCGACCCUUGCGCACCCGUUCACGAUCCCCACGGACCUGUACAAUGUCCUCCUGUCACCACAGGUGCCCAUCACAGUCGCGCUGGUGUAUAUGUCGUUAGUGUCUUUCCUAAAUUCAGUCAAUGCGAAUCGCAAGUACAAGCCAUGGGCAUUCAGUAGGACAUACAUCUUCAAAUUCCUUGUCAUUGUCCACAACAUUUUCCUGGCUGUAUACUCAGCAUGGACUUGCGUGGGGAUGGUCAAUGCCUUACGUCUAUCUCUGCCGGAAUGGAACGAAGAGUGGAAAGUCGCUGGAACUGUGGACGCACUUUGCAAAAUGCACGGACCGAGGGGAGCUGGAAGUGCCGCGACAUACAAUGCAACCACCAGCGCAUGGCACUUGGCGAACCGCGCAUUGCACCUGGCUGCUGAUGGACUUGGUCCCGAGACCACGGAUGUGGGCCGCAUCUGGAAUGAAGGGCUGGCGUUCUAUGGCUGGCUGUUCUACCUUUCCAAGUUCUACGAAGUCGUGGACACACUGAUUAUCCUGGCAAAGGGCAAGAGGAGCAGUCUCUUGCAAACCUAUCACCAUGCUGGAGCAAUGCUAUGCAUGUGGGCUGGUAUUAGGUACAUGUCUCCACCAAUAUGGAUGUUUGUGCUGGUCAAUUCCGGCAUUCACUCAGUCAUGUAUACUUUCUACCUUUGCUCGGUUGUGGGAAUCAAGGUUCCCAAAUGGUUCAAACAGACCCUGACAACCCUACAAAUCACCCAGUUUGUCGUUGGCGCAACAUAUGCAUUCCUCCACCUCUUUGUCGCAUACCAGAUACCGGUCAGCGUUCCCUACAUCUAUCAUGUGGGAGAAGCUGUUUCGAAGGUCGUGUCAGAAGCUCCAACAGAGAUCGCUUCAACUGUGUCCGCGGCAAUAUCAACAGGCUCCGCCGGUAUGGGGGCUUGGCUUAAGAAAGCACUCUUGCGAGGGGCAGGUUAUGAAGGUCUUGCGGAGAAUGUGUUGAACGAAGAAGGCAAACCAUUUGGAGUCGAUGCUGUCCACAUUGUUGAAGAUGUCAUCAAGCGAGAAGAAACAAGGUACAGGGAUGAGCUCCAAUGGGUCCAUUGCCUCGACACGAGUGGUCAAGUUUUUGCAAUCCUGCUGAAUUGCAUGUAUCUCUUGCCUUUGACAUGGUUGUUCUUGCAGUUCUUUAUCACGUCUUACCUCAAGCAAGUCGAGAGAAGGCGAAGUCGAUCAGCCAGUGAAACUGCAAUAGUUGCGCGAAAGAGCUUUCAAGAUGCGUCGAAGGGUGUGGCGCGAAGGCUGAGCGAAGCUUUUGAAGACAUGCAUCGCAUCACCGACGAUAUCGGAGACGAUACUGUCCUUGUGGAUGGCGAUGAGAUCAGGAGAGAAUUAAAGGAAGCUGCAGAGCAGGCCAAGAGCACAAUCACGGAACAAUCGGCGAAGGUCAAGCAGACCGCCAGCGCCAAUUCAGAAAAGGUGCAACAGGAGUUUCAGCGUGAUAUGGAAGUGGUCAGGAAGAACUUACACGAUACUGCCGAAAAGGUCAAGAGUGCCGUUGCGAAGGCAGAAGACGAGGACACGAAGGAGAAGGUUUCAGCAAAGGCGCAAGCUGUGAUAGACUCUACCGCUGAAACUGUUGAGAAGACUAUGGAGGGUGUCAAAUCUGCGGUCCAAAAUGGUAAAGAGCAGGCUCAACCCGUGGUCAACUAUGCCACAGAAAAGGUGGGGGAUCUGAAAGAACAGGCCGGAGCUGCUGUUGAUUAUGCUGCUGAAAAAGCGGGCCAAUUGAAAGAACGCUUAGUUGACGCAAAGUCCCAGUCCCAAGAAGGUGUCAACGAAGACACAGAGACAGGGCAAACGAUAGAUGACAAAGAGAGAGACAACUCGGAAGUGGGUUCAGGAACCGCCGAAAGCCAGGUUGAAUCUGUCAAACAGAAAAUCGAGGAUGUCUCCGAGUCAGCAAAAGACACUGCAACAGAAGAGGCGCAAUCAGAGUCGAAGUCCCCAAACGGAAAUGGCACCGUCGCCGAAGAGGAGACUGGUCCCAGCACGGAUCAGAACCAGACACGGUCCGAAGAGACGACGGGAACAGAGACGGGUGAGGGCGAAGAAGCCAAGGCAGAGAAGAAGGAAGAGGACAGAAUCAUAGAUGAGAGUCAGGCCGUAAGAGACGAAAACGUCGACAGUGGCGGUGAUAGCAAGGAUGAAGGCGAGGGAGCGCCCAACAGAGAAGGACAGAGCUGGGCAGAAGUGGUUAAGAAGGGGCCCACUGGGGAGGAGGAAGAAGCCACGAAGGAAGCUGAACCAGACAAAGACAAAGAAGGCUGGGGAAUUUGA